UAAGUUUCUUUGCGUUUUUGCAAACGGAAAUUGGAAAAUACCUUGACUCCGAUUCUCUCAUCUCCUCAUCGAGCGGAGUUGGGGAGUAAUCAAUGGAAUCUCCAUUGCUGGGCAGCCAUGGAUCGGAGGACAAGUGGCGUUGCAGGAGAGCGAUUUUUGUUCCGCUCGGAUUACUGGCUACCGUGGUUGUUGGCCAUAUACUUGGAGGUUCCAUAAAUUGCUCAGUAUUUCGUGAAGAAAACAAGCACUUUGAUGGAAUACAUCUCGAAAAUCCCGAAAUUAUUCAGUCAGAGGAAGGAGUUGUUGCUGCUGAUGAUGGCCGCUGCUCUGAAAUCGGGGCAUCGAUUCUUAGGCAGGGAGGGCAUGCCGUUGAUGCUGCUGUAGCAACUGCAUUGUGCCUUGGUGUUGUGUGUUCGCUGUCGAGUGGGAUAGGAGGCGGAGGUUUCAUGCUUGUACGAUCCUCGCCAACUUGGCAGACGAUAGCUUUUGAUUUUCGGGAAACUGCACCCUUGGCUGCUUCUCAGGGUAUGUAUGAAAUCAAUGUGACAGCCAAAAGAUUUGGGCCCUUAUCAAUUGGAGUCCCUGGAGAGAUAGCUGGCCUCCAUGAAGCUUGGUUGAGAUAUGGCCGUUUGCCUUGGAGGUCCUUAAUUGAACCUGCUAUAAAGCUUGCAAAAGAUGGAUUUGCGAUUUCUCAUUUUCUAGGGGAGGGCUUAGUUUCCUGUGCCAACAUAAUCCUGAAUGAUCCUGGCUUGAGACAAGUUUACGCACCAAAUGGUGACCUGUUACAGGUAGGCGACACUUGCUACAACAUUGAACUAGGCAAGAGUUUAGAGGCAGUGGCAGAUCAGGGGCCAGAAGCGUUCUAUAAUGGAAUCAUUGGAGAGAAGUUGGUGAAGGAUGUGAGAGCAAUCGGUGGCAUUUUGUCCAUGGAGGAUUUGAGGAACUACACAGUGGACAUAACUGAAGCAAUCACUACAGAGGCAAUAGGCUACACAGUACAUGGCAUGCCACCUCCUUCAAGUGGAACACUUGGAUUUGCUAUGGUAAUGAAUAUCUUCAAAAGCUAUAAUGAUCCUGCUGCUACUAAAGGAAGUCUUGGCCUACAUCGCCUAAUUGAAGCAUUGAAGCACAUGUUUGCUGAACGAAUGAACUUGGGCGAUCCUCGUUUUUCAAACAUUAACGAUUCUGUCUCCUACAUGCUUAACCCGUCAUUUGCAAAGAAAAUUCAGGAAAAAAUAGUCGACAACACUACUUUCCCUCCAGAUUACUAUUUGUACAGGUGGAGUCAGCUAAGAGAUCAUGGAACCAGUCAUUUUUGCAUUGUAGAUGCAGAGAGAAAUGCUGUAUCGUUGACAACAACUGUAAAUGAGCACUUUGGGGCUGGCAUUCUCUCACCUUCUACUGGAAUCGUUCUCAAUAAUGAGAUGGGGGACUUCUCUAUAGCCACUGAUGUAUCUCCAGAUAAACUCCCUCCAGCUCCAGCCAAUUUUAUCCAGCCAAACAAGAGGCCCCUCUCUUCCAUGACUCCUCUUAUCGUCACAAAGGAUGACCAGUUGAUUGCGGUUAUUGGAGGUAGUGGUGGUAUGAAGAUAAUUCCGGCAGUAAUUCAGGUUUUUCUUAAUUAUUUCUCCCUCGGAUUGCAACCUUUAGCAGCAGUUCAAAGUUCGAGGGUGUAUCAUCAGUUAAUCCCAAAUGUGGUUAGAUAUGAAAAUUUGACAUUCAUGGAUGGGGAUCACGUCGAACUUACAGAGGAAAAGAAGCAAUUUUUGGAAGAGAGGGGUCAUGAAGUGGUAGUUAGUAAUAUAGCAGGAGCCAUGGUUCAGCUCAUAGUUCAAAACUUCAAAGACACCAUUGAUGCAGGUCGAAAGGGAGGAAAGAUACCCAAUAACCAAACCCUUUUUGGUCUCCUUACCGCGGUCAGCGAUCCGAGAAAGAACGGGUUUCCCGCGGCAGUUUAGUUUACUGGCUUCUGUUUUGAAGAACAAUGGGAAGAGAAGCGAAAGCAAAUGCUUUGGCUCUGACAUCAGUUUGUGAUCGACUCCCAUCUGUCUCUGUAAUAUAAUGUUGUCUAUUCUUGUACAUGUACCGAUUUAUAGACCAUGUAAAAUGUUUAUAGUUCGCACAAGAAUAGAAUAAUUGGGCUGUUCUUAAAUUACA